UUCCCAAUUUUCAUUAGUUUUGUUCUAGCGUAAAUAAAUAGAGUCGUUUAAUUUUUUUUAUUCUAUCUUCUUUGUAACAGUCGUGUAUCUGGUGGUGCCCCCUCCCAAUUACAUAAUUUCAUUUCAUCACCUACAUAUUUUCGGUUGUUACAAAAGAAAAUUCACACACACAAACACACAAUUAAUUCGGCAUUUUUUUUAUUUUUUUUUAUUUUUUUUCUUUCUUAAUUAUGGGGUUUCUCCAUAAACUUUGGGACGAGACGCUGGCCGGACCUCCGCCCGACGCCGGCCUCGGCAAGCUCCGCAAAUAUAACUCUUUCUCCGCUGCAAGAUCCACCGCCGCGCCGUCAAACUUUGACGACCACCAGGUCCCGAUCACUCGGAGCAUCACCGUCGUGCGGCGCGACACCCACCGUAACCUUAACAACCUUAAUGUCGCCGUCGGAUCACCGUCGGCGCCUUCCUCUCCCGCCAGCUCGACCCCUAGCUCUCCCUUCUCACCAAAUUCUCCUGGAGGGAAUUUUAAGAAAUGGAUGAGGAAGAAACCGACAACGGGAGCGUUGCACAACUCCGAGCCUGAGAGAUUCUCAUCGUAAAUUCUUUGGAUCGCUGAGUCUAUUUCGAAGAGGAAGUGAUGAAUUUGUGUCAAAAAAAUGUGUAUGUAUGUAAAUAAAUUACCUUUUUGGGGUUAGUUUUGCAUGUAAAAAAUUAAACCAGAUGAUGGAGAAAAUGGAAAAGAAAGAAAAAAAAUCAUCUGUUUAGGAUCUCUAAGUAAUGCUUCUGGGAAGAGUACAAAGAGGGAAAGUUCAAUACUUCAAUUCUUUGCGAAGAAGUAAUUUUUUCCCUCUUUUAUGGGGAUUUUCUUUUUUGGAUUUCUUUUUUUUCCCUUUUAAUUGACAUUUAUUAUUAUUAUUA